AUGGCUGAAAAUGAGCGUCAUCUGCGGCUCGAGGGACAGAGGCAUUCGAAAGAGAAGUCCGACUUGCGGCACAGCCUCGCACAGAAAGAGAACAAGAGGGCCCGCUACGAGGAGCUUUGGCGGAGGUCACUGAGGUUACUGCUAGACAAUAAGAAGGACUAUUUGCUCGGCCUCUACUUCCACGCUUGGAGUAAAUAUGCUUCAUCACAAAACGGCGAUAGGGAGAUAGGAAGACUCAAUGCCGUUGUGUUCAGUCAAAGUCGGAAAGGUGAGAGCUGGACUGUUGAGGAUACUGCUCGCAUUCACCGUGCUCCGUGA